GGUACCUACGUUUGUCAUGAUCUUUUGGCAUUUUAUUUAUUUUAGUUUGUUUUCAAAAUGUGGUCACAAAAUUUAUGUAGAACGUGUGGUCAAAUUUCUGAAACAUGCCAUCCCAUUUACGAUGUGGACUCCUCUGGUGUUAUUGAGCAGAAAAUUAAAUCGGCGCUUCAACUUAAUAUAGAUGAUUCUGAUAGAAAACCAAAGCAAAUAUGUAAUACUUGUUUGGCCAAAUUGAACGAUUUAAUAGAUUUUAUAAAUUUGGCCCAAGUAACAAAUUUAAAAUUUGAUAGCAUCUAUUCAUCUUCCCUGAAAAAGAUAAGCAAUUUAUGGACAAGCGAUUUAUUAUCAGGAUUACAACAGGAAAACACAAUGAAUGGUGGUACCAUCAUACUUAAUUCAACAAAGAGUUUAGAAAACCCCACACCAAGUCUAACGAAUUUUAAAGAAAGUUCUCAAACAACAGUCCCAAGUCAAAAAUAUCAGGAAUAUGAGCAAAAAUGUAAUCCUAUAAACAUAACGAAAUCUGUAUUAAGUCAAACCAAUGAAGAAAAUAACUAUGAUUUAACAUUUGAAUCAGUUUGCAAUUCACUGCGAUUUUCAUCACUUAACUUACAAACUAAAGAAAACUACUUUUGCAACAAUUACAAGCAGUAUCAGCCACAAAUGUUUAAUAAUUUGUAUGGUUUAAAAAAAAAGUUAAAAGUCGAACCAAAUGAGAUCAAAAAGAAACCUGAUGUGAAUGCCUUGGAAAAAAGUAAAAAGUCUACUAGUUUGCAAACUUGUAGAAAUAGUUUAAACGAUUGUAAACUUUGUGGAAAAAAAUUCGAAUCCAAAAAACAAUUGCUGAACCAUGAGGGUGCACAUUUAAGGGAAAUUUUUCGAGUUGGGUUUAACAAAAAAAGGGCUUUAAUGAAGAAAAGCUUAACAUCCAAAUUAAAAACUAAUGUUAAAUAA